AUAAAAUGAAAUAAAACAUCUACUGUUACGAGAAAACCCGACUAAAAAAUACACAGAAAAUAUCUGCAUCCAUCUCUCCCUGCGAGUAUUCUUCCAUUUUCGACCGCGGAAAAACUCUCUCUCUACGUCCCGGGAAUUCCAGAUUAAAUACGAUCAUAUUUUCAAUGGAAGAUCGCACCAUCGUUCCCGCCGUUGAUUCGGAGGACAUUCGAGAUUCCUUUAUCUGCUGCGUGUGUUUGGAUCUUUUGUACAAACCCAUAGUGCUAUCUUGUGGUCACAUGGCCUGUUUCUGGUGUGUCUAUGGAUCCAUGAGUAAUCUCUCCGAAUCCCAUUGUCCAAUUUGCAGGCAUUCUUAUUAUCACUUCCCAACCAUAUGUGAGAUGUUUCAUUACUUGCUUCUCAAGUUGUAUCCUCUUACCUACAAGAGGAGAGAAAAACAGAUUAUGGAGGAAGAAAAGAAACAUGGCCUCUUCUCUCCACAGUUCGAUGGUCAUGCAAGUGCACUGAUUGCUGAUAAGGAUUGUAAUCACAUGAUGGAUUCUGCAAAUUCCUGUACCACAACUUGUGAGUCCAAUACAUGCUUAUGGCCUUCCUCUGCCACAAAAGAUCCAAAUGCAAAUGUGGAGCAGUUAGAAUCCAUAUCCGUGAUUCAAGGAAAUGACAUUACCUUGUCCCAGCAUGUCUCUGGAGAAAGUUUUGAAGUUCAGAAAGCUUUCACUUCUGAAAAAGAAGAUUUGCCUCAAAAUGAGCUAAAUGAAAACUGCAAACAGAUUUCAAUUGCUGAUUUACUAUGCUUUGCAUGCAAGCAGCUUCUUCUCCAUCCCGUUGUUCUUAACUGUGGCCAUGUAUAUUGUGAAAAUUGCAUCAUCAAUCCGGUAGAUCAGAUGAUCAGGUGUAAAGUUUGUAAUAGUUCCCAUCCAGGGGGCUCUCCAAAAGUUUGUUUGGAGCUUGCUGAGUUUUUGAAGGAACAAUUUCCUAAGGAUUAUGCAUUGAGAAUAGAUACUGUGCAGCAGAAACAAGCCAAUUUUGAGAAUGAAAGUCAGACUACUAUUCACACAAAAACUGGUAAAGAAGGUGUUUCCCUUUCCUCGGUUCCUGCAAGAGAAAAUCCACCAUGGUGGGCCCCUAGCUUAAAGAUUCAUAUUGGAGCCGGUUGUGAUUUUUGCGGGUUCGACAGGAGCUGGAAAUUGGCGAGGCAUUUCUACUGCUUGAUGAUUGAUUGUUUUCCAUUAUUGAUCUAUCAGUUUGUGCUUGGGAUGCCCCUAGGUCCUAUAACACUGUUAAGAUUUUUUCCUAUUCAAAAAAGGAGCUGCACAAGUAUAGUUGUCAAAAGCCGUUGAGGCGCGUGCUUAAGCAUUGAAGCCAGGCAAAGCGCAGGGCCAAGGCUUCGGCCUCGGGAUGCAGCUGCUUUGCUGAAGACCCGCUUAAGCGCAAAGCGUGGGCCUUUUUAAUUUUCGCAAUUUUUGUUGUGUAAUUGGGCUUAAAUGGUUCAAGAAAGAGUGGGUCUCACUUAAAAGUUUAAAACAAGCCUAGACCAAUAGAAUGUUAACUAAAAAAGCCUAGCCCAAACUGAAAAGCCCAUGAAAAAAUAAAACCCUAAAACAAAACAAGAAAAUAUCUUAUUCAGCAGCGCCAUGACACCAUCUCUGUGAUGAGUCACAAUUUCACAAUCUGAGUUUCCGAAGAAGAAUUAUGGGUUCCGGUGCUGAUUGCCGAUUUUUUCUCUUGGUACUUAGUGUGAUUGUGAUGUGAAGUUGUGAACUGUGAUAGUGUGAUGUGAACAUCAUUUUAUGUUCUCAAGUCUCGACUUUGUCUUUGUUAAGUUUCUUUUGUGCUACUGUACUUGUAACUUGUAAGUUGUUAUUUGUUAUUUGUUAAUUUUCUAUGUCUGGUUGGAAACUUUGAAUAUGGAUGUUUCUUAGCUUACUAUAAGUUAUUAUGAUUUUUUUUGAAGCA